UCUGUUUAUAAACCCCUUCCUUCUUAUUCACUUCGCAAUAUCAAUCUCUUCCUUCUUCUUCUUCUUCUUCUUCUUCAAUUCAUUUCAACACCAAAUCACAGUAUGGCUGCCAUGGCCACUGCAACCCUAACCUCCUCCAUCUCUUCCAACCCCAAAUCUUCUUUCUUCCACAGUAAGAUACCUUCAUCUGUUUCUUCUCGCUUCACGCCUGUCAAAUCCUCCAUCUCAAUGUCCCUAAACUCUCCCUCCUACGACCUCAAUUCGUUCACCUUCCAGCCCAUCAAAGAAUCCAUUGUCUCCCGGGAAAUGACACGCCGUUACAUGACCGACAUGAUCACCUACGCCGACACCGACGUCAUCGUGGUCGGAGCCGGCUCUGCCGGCCUCUCCUGCGCCUAUGAGCUCAGCAAGAAUCCCUCAGUACAAGUGGCCAUCAUCGAACAAUCCGUCAGCCCUGGCGGCGGCGCGUGGCUCGGUGGGCAGCUCUUCUCGGCCAUGGUGGUCCGAAAGCCGGCCCACCAGUUCCUGGACGAGCUCGGCGUGGAGUACGACGAGGCUGAGGACUACGUGGUCAUCAAACACGCGGCCCUUUUCACGUCGACUAUCAUGAGCAAGCUUCUGUCACGGCAGAACGUGAAGCUGUUCAACGCGGUGGCGGCGGAGGAUUUGAUCGUGAAGGAGGGGAAGGUGGCAGGGGUGGUGACCAACUGGGCGCUGGUGUCGAUGAACCACGACACUCAGUCGUGCAUGGACCCUAACGUGAUGGAGGCGAAGGUAGUGGUAAGCUCGUGCGGGCACGACGGGCCGUUCGGAGCGACGGGAGUGAAGAGAUUGAAGAGCAUAGGGAUGAUCGACAGCGUGCCAGGAAUGAAGGCUCUGGACAUGAAUGCUGCCGAGGAUGCUAUUGUUCGAUUGACCAGGGAGGUCGUGCCCGGAAUGAUUGUCACCGGCAUGGAAGUUGCAGAGAUUGACGGAGCCCCAAGAAUGGGUCCAACGUUUGGAGCGAUGAUGAUAUCGGGGCAGAAGGCGGCGCAUUUGGCGUUGAAGGCACUGGGGAAGAACAAUGCCAUAGAUGGAACAUGCGAGCUUGGAAGACAAGAACAACCCGAGCUUGUUUAUGCUUCCGCUGAAAUCGAUCAAGACAUCGUUGAUGCUUAGAAACUUAGCUCACCAUUAAAUAUCUUCGGUUUUUUCCCCUUUUCAUCUCUGUUUCGCUUCUUCUUCUGUUUGGUUACCCCACUCUUAUUAUCUGGGAAUAAACCUAGAAAAUCGACAGUCUUUUUUACAUGGAGCAAACACAGACUUUUGUUCGA